AUGGAUCCGGUAGAGGCCGGUGAUUGCUUGGGUGGAAGACCGCAACAGCUAAUAUUUCUCACUGGAUUAGAUCCAAAUAACAGAGAGUCGCAUUCAGCUCUCGUGAGCACGUUUGGAGUUCGGUCUCAGGAUCGGCCUCCUCUAAAUCUUCGACUGGUAUCUGCCGAAUUGGAACUACCACUGGGUUCUGAAAAAUUGGCUGGCAGAGGUAUACUGCGUCGUGAUUGGCCUUCAAAAUAUCUGGAUAGGGUUCCUGCAUUGAUUGUAUUAUUCCUGGAUCUUGACUGGGAUCAUGCUUCAUGGAGCGAGAAGAAAACGGAAGCAGAAAGUAAAUGUGCUAGUCUUCGAUCUAGUGCUACACAUGGAAGCAGACUAGCGAUAUGUCGUCUGACCCCUCGCCAAUUGUUUGUUGUACCCAUGCUAGGGGAUCUCGCUGGUUAUGUUUCGAAGUUGGAGUCUGCAUUUCACGAAUUAGCACAAGGAUUCUAUCAGCAGAAGUUGAAGACAAUUCGUGCUCGUUCUAUCCCUAACAACUCUCCUGCUCUGGUUGUUCGACAAUUGUUCAAGUUGGCUUUCAUUUCCGAGCUGAGGCAGGAUACUCAUACAGCGAAUUAUCGACUAGCCUAUGAGCAAUGUAAGGACCAUAUGGAAAGCUGGGAUGGUGUUGACAUUUUUGAAUGGCGUACUGUUGUCGGAAUUUUGAAUUACAAAAUUUGUGAGUUGUGUUUCUUGCACAAUAUGGCUGUCGAAGCUAUCAAUCAAAUGCGUCGGCAUCAAGCGAUUUUCUUCGCCGGUCCAACCGGCAUCUAUCCUUCACCGCAAUUGGCUAACAUCGAGUUGCAGCUGUGGAAUGCGAAACAGUGCUGGCACUUCGCGCAGCUCUUUGAACAAGCUGUUGUUAAUGGUUUGACGGCGUUGGCCACGUUGAAUCCAGGAACACAUCUUGGCCUAGCUGCCUCGCUUUAUUCGGCUGUAAACAAAAACAUAUUGGCACUAAAGAAGAGUAACCCGGUAACGAAGCCUUAUCCGGUUCCCGAUCCAAUGGCUAAUAUUCAGAAUACUGUAUUUUUCGGCCAGCGCCCAUGGAGAAUCGGUUAUGACAGGCUUGCUCCUCCCAAUGUGGAAGAAGAUGCUGUUACUGCCAUUCUGAAAGCCAGUGUUUACUACCAGAGUGGUGAUUUGGUGCGCGCGUUGCAGCUAUGGGUAGCUGUUGUGAGGGAGGGUAUUCCUCCUGCUAUACGGUUGGAUAUACUGCAAAAAGCUAUUAGUGCUGCAUAUUGUGCAGCAUCUCUUAAGGAUUAUGUUUGGUGUUGUGUCCAAUUAAUGUUGAACUUACCGGCAGCUGAAGAAGGGCUACGAGCUGUCCUCCGGUGCCAACCGCCUGCACCGCCUUUUUCACAAAAUGAUGUGACACCCGCUCAGGUUAUGGUAUAUAUUGUGACGUUCAACCAGUGUUUUGAGAAUCCGAAUGCGCUCGACGUCAAUCGGCCUUUUAUGGAAAUUUUAAAACCUUAA